CCAUCUCCCCUUUCUUCGAGUUCGCUGAAAGAGGGCACGAGGACGAGGGCGCCUCCUCCUCCUUCGGUAUCAAAGAUGCCAAAGACAGAGGAAAGCGAAGAAGAAAUGGCGGUAGCCCUUGGAACAGCACCGCUCGAGGAAAAGGAAGGAGAAGAGCAAGGACAAGAGGAAGAAGAGGAAGAGGUCUUAGUUGCUUUGAUCGAACAUCGGACAAAAGAAGUAAAAAAUCUCCGGCACCGUGUCGCCUAUUACACGUCCCAGCUUAAAGAAGCAGAGAAGAGGUUACACGAUACAGAACGCAGAUUGGGUCGACUACAAGACAAAGACAAAGCAGUUAAAAUUUCUCUCAAGAGUGAGUCUGGGAGAGUAAGACCUCAUUCUAGCAGUCCAGUCCCUCAUAAGUUUGACCCUUCCAGGCACACACAGCCAUCAAAACCAAAACUUUUCAUCCCUUCACCAAAUCAAAGUAUUGCCCAAGAGUCGCAAGUAGCUGUUUCUGGCACAAAAGACGCAGUUCCUUCCAAUGCCCGUGCUAUUCUAUCAGCAUCUCAUGCAAAAGGUGCAGCAAAUCUUAUGGACGAAAAAUCUUUUGGACAAUCAUCUGACUGUGCAGCGGUGGCUAUCCAAGACAAGGGCACAAAGAGGAAGUUCGAGCAGGACGAACACAAAGAAUUAAUUCCCUUGAUAUGCAGUAGCUCUUCACCAUGCACCAUUCGAUGCCAUACAGCCGCUCAAAUUUCUAGUCAACACAAGAGAAAGCUAAGAAGUAUAGCUCUAUGUCCAGUUAAUGAUAUGCUCUUCGUGACAAGUGCUCUGGAUGGAAUUCUCAACUUGUGGCAAAUUCAAGCAAAAGGAUCAGGUGCAUCUCUACUUAGCUCCAGUGAUUGCGUCUCCCCGAGUCAGAGGAGAUGGCCAGAAGAUAUCGCUUGGCAUCCUUGGGGAGACAGAAUCUUCUCUGCAUACAGUGCUGAUGGCGGAGAUUCUCAAAUCUCAGUUAUAAAUUUGAACAAAUCUCACAGGAGAGCUCAGAUCACUUUCCUGGAAGAUAAGCCUCACGUCAAGGGUAUUAUCAACAGCAUAGUUUUCUUGCCGGGGGAAGAUAACUUUUUCAUCACUGGCGGGAGUGAUCAUGCUGUUAUACUUUGGAACCCGACAGAGGAAGAGAGCUCGUGGAAGCCAAAGGCACUGCAUAGAAAUCUUCAUUCUUCUGCGGUGAUGGGAGUGGCUGGGAUGCUCCAAAAGGACGUUAUACUAUCUGCUGGAGCUGACAGAAAAAUCUUGGGGUUUGAUAUACAAGCAGGAAAGCCAAGCUUUAGGCAUCAGAUUGAGAGCAAGUGCAUGAGUAUUCUGCCAAAUCCCUGCGACUUCAAUUUAUUCAUGGUUCAGACAGGGACUCCCGAGAGUCAACUUCGGCUGUUUGACAUCAGACUCCGACAGACGGAGGUGCAUGCAUUUGGAUGGAAGCAAGAAAGCAGUGAAUCUCAAUCUGCACUGAUAAAUCAGGCAUGGUCUCCUGAUGGUCUAUUCAUAACAUCAGGUUCUGCUGAUCCUAUGAUCCACAUCUUUGAUAUAAGGUACAAUGCCCGCAGGCCUUCCCAAUCUGUGAAAGCUCAUCAGAAACGUGUAUUUAAGGCUGUUUGGCACCAGCGCCUUCCUCUUCUGAUAUCCAUAUCUUCCGACUUGAGCAUUGGGAUGCACAAAAUCAUCUGAAGGACCUAGUGAUGGCCAUCAAGAGUAUCCAUCUUGCAGCUUGAUUUGUAUUUCCUUGCCAGGUUGGGUGUUGGGAGCUUUGCAGGAAGCAAACUUUUUGACUGGACUAUGGCUGUCAGUUGCGUAUUUAUACAAAUGGCUCUAAAAUCUUAUAAAAUAAUGAAAUCUUGUGGGCAUCGUGCAAACAAAUAAUGCCUAGCUCCAUGGAUUCUCAUUUUGAGGAGAAAAGUUGUAGCUGAGCAGUUUUGAGUUUACCAAUAUAUGCAGGGUGGAUGAGAAGACCCCCUAAAGGGGAGAAGCCCUUGUCCGGUAGGGAUUAUCAUGGGUCUAUGUAAAUGGGUUUUCAACCCGUCCCAAAACCUAAUAGGUUGUUAAAAAGGUUUUGCCCAUUGGGUCAUGGAACGGAUUUAGUGGGAACAAUUUGGAAAUUUUUCUCCAAAUUAUUAACGAGUUAAGGAAGGGCUUGGAGAACUGCAGGAGAGGGUGAUUUUCUCUCAUGGGAAAGCAAGAGUUAGGCGUCUGAGUUGGUUGUCGUUGCCCUUCUUUUCAUAUUUUCCUGCUGCAGACAUUGAGUUAUUGCAACAUUUAGUGUAGAUCAGCUGUAACAUUUUUAUGUUUUGCCACGCUUUAUAAGCUUCUAAGUGUUUAUCAAAUGUUCAGAAAGCACUUGGCAGAGCGUGCACGGGCCACUGGUUCUUAUUCACAUGUAUAUUCACAUGAACAAGUUAUGCAGGUUUCA